AUGAGUGUCGCUCAGCAAGAUGUCGACCUCAAGGAUUUUGAGACCAUUUUCAGCCUUGAGGGCAAGGUUGCUGUCGUAACAGGUGGUAGCCGGGGCCUGGGUCUGAAUGUCGCUUCUGGCUUUCUCCAAGCUGGCUGCUCAAAAGUAUAUAUCACCUCCCGGAAAGCCAAAGCUUGUGAAGAAGCAGUUGCCGCCCUCAAUGCGCUCCCUAAUAAACGUCCUGGCGCAGUGGCUAUCUCAAUUCCUGCCGAUUCCUCCAAAAUAUCCGAGAUUGAGCGUCUGGCCGCCGAAGUUGCGAAGACCACAGACCAUGUCGAUAUCCUUUUCGCAAAUGCCGGAGCUACGUGGGGUGCUCCAUUCGAGACCCAUCCCGAAAGCGCGUUUAGCAAGGUCAUGGAUUUGAAUGUUAAGAGCGUCUUUUACACCGUUCAGAAAUUCGAGCCUUUGUUGAAGAAGAGGGCCAGCACGGUCAACCCCAGCAGAGUCAUCGUGACCGCCAGCGUCGCCGGUCUCGGUGUGGGAACAUUGGGAGAGAAUGCCACAUAUGCAUAUUCGGUGUCCAAAGCGGCCGUUAUCCAUCUGGCGAAGAAUCUCGCCGUCGAGCUGGGCCCAAGGGGAAUCGUCACGAACGCCGUUGCACCCGGUUUUUAUCCGACCAAGAUGGCUUCGGGCUUGAUGGAACUACAAGGUGGACGGGCUGCAUUGGCAGCUGAAGUACCAAACAAGAGACUUGGACAGCCCGAAGAUAUUGCUGGACUGGUUGUUUUCUUGUCCAGCAGAGCGGCAUCCCAUAUCAAUGGCGCCGUCAUCACGACCGACGGUGGUUCUCUCCUCUCACGAGGAAGGCUAUAA